AUGGUACUCGUACCAAGAACGAACACACGUGGUUGGGGAGAAUAUCCUCAGGCCAGCGAGAAAACUAUAGUCAAGGAACUCGGCAAAUUAGCCCCCUCUCUGCUAACUCGUAAGAGGAUGUAUAGGGGGCGACGCCUGCCCGGUGCUCCAAGGUUAAAAGGAGGGGUAGCGAAACUCCUUGUCAGUACCGGUGAAGAUGCCGGUUACCCGCAACUAGACGGAAAGACCCCGUGGAGCUUUACUGCAACUUAA